UUCCUCAUCAUUCCCACGUUAGAUGUUCUCCGACAUUACAGGACGCCGUGGUUUCUCUCGGGUUAACGCUAGAUUUUCUGCCUGUUUUGUCUGAAACGGAAGAGUUCAGGCAGACCCAGAACGAUUCUUAUAGGUUUUUACGUAUUUUCAGAGUCAUUCUUUAGGUCGGUGACGUUACUCGUCAGGUUCGCUUUAGGGACUUAUUUACCGACUCGUUAGAGUUUCCUUUCCAUUUGGAGCUGCUUGAGACCAAUUGUUGAGAAAAGAAGGACGACCCUUGUUGAGAUUUGGCCGGAACAGCUAGGGUGUUUGUGUCGAUGUCUGAGGACACGCUUAGAGAGGUUCAAAGAUCUCUUCUUGGGAUGAUAAGAUUUUCGCGAGAAAAGAAGUCGAUGGUCUGUGUAAUUACCUUUUGGAGGACAUCAUUCUUGCUACUGCGUUUAGGAUUUACAUGAGAUUCACAAUAAAGGAUGGUGGGGAAUUCCUUGGCUUCACCUCUGCUCAACCUCACGCCUAGUGACACUGUGACUGUUGCACUUGCUAGCGCCGCUUUAAGCACAUCAAUCUCCAGUCGCCCCAUAUCUAAAGCGACCAGCUUAGCUUGGCCGCCAAGUCUCUCUGCUAAUAAAUGGGUAGUACGUGCAACUGCUGUAACUGUAGAUUUAACUGAAGAAGAGAAGAAGACAUGGGAAAGAUGUAGAGAUGCUCUUUCUGCGUUCAAUUUCGGCAAUGAGGAUGAAGACAAGAUACUAGCAAAAGCAUUUGGCCAAAUUCAUUCACCAUACUGGGGUGAAGAACGUAAAAAAGAAGUCCCCACCUAUGAAGCUCUAAGCGACACUUUGGAUUAUUUGAGGAGUUUAAGCCUUUCAGACGAUGAUCUUUGCAAACUGCUCAAGAAGUUCCCUGAGGUUCUUGGAUGCGAACUCGAAGACGAAGUGAAGAACAAUGUCAAAGUCCUGGAAAAGGAUUGGGGGAUAAAGGGCAAGUCUCUCCGCAAUCUUCUGCUGCGAAAUCCGAAAGUCCUGGGUUAUAACAUUGAUUGCAAGGGAGACUGUAAGGCACAGUGCACGAGAUGCUGGGUUCGAUUUUAACCUUUUGAAGAUCAUUUCUCCAACCCGGCGCCUCUAUAAUUUUGCCGGGAUUCUUUUGUAUGUAGGUCUUAGAUAGUCUUUUACAUAUGUUAACUGAAGCAUGACACUUCAUACAUGUAUAACUUUUGAAUAAUAUUGAUCAGAAACCUUGUAAUGUAGGUUAUUUUUCUAUUCUUCCUA